AUGUACACUGCUCUAAACGACCUACCCCAGUACUUCACCGAGCAGCUGGUCGACUCGCUCGUCAAGACCAUGUUCCCAAUGGCCAUGGACUAUGUUGGCGGCAUGCCCACAUCGGCUGUGGCUUCGGGCCAGCAGUGGGACUUCCCCUACGCAUGGUCCCCACUCGAGUACUUCAUCUUUGAUGGUCUACAACAAACGAAUAGCACAUUGACCAACUUCAUGUCGAUGGAUAUCAUUCAAAGAUGGGUCACGACCAACUACUGUGGAGAGACAUUGAAAUUCCAAGACUGUAACUCGUUAUAA